AUGACAACGAUACCAACCAAGAAUUUCUGUUUUUCACCUAUAUCCAGUAUUAGAUGUUUUGGUUUGAGCGAAUUGCGAUAUAUCGGUAUCUAUAUUCCUAGUGGUGUAUUGACUUUGUUGGUGGUGACGUUAUUUUUUGGAAUAUGGAAGAUACCGAGAUUGACGUUGAUCCUCCUCACUAUUGAGAUCCUGCUUUAUAUGACCAUAACAACAUGGGAUUUGACUGUGAUCAUCAUUCCUCCAAGGUUAGAUACCAUCCGAACGGAAGAUACAGUCUUGGCACUCAUCUCACCCCUUCCACUCUUAUUUUUCCACCUUACACUCACUUCAUACCUCCUCGAGAUCCGAUCCUCUCUCCCUACCACUCUCCAAUCUCGAUCCAGUAUCUUCCUCUUCGGUAUCCUUUUCGCUCCUCUUAUCCCCAUCUCCUUAGCGGUCGGGAUCUUACCAUCAUUCUUAUCUCUCAAUUACUUCAAAUCAAGAUCUGAAGAAGUAUUCAUACGAUUCGCUAAACCAUCCGACGAAAGAUUAUUCGAUAUUUUCCUCUAUGUCGGUUCAAUAUCAUCUAUGGUAUAUAUCCUAUUAGUGAUUUUGUUAAGCUAUUUGGCUAAAUUUGAUGAUCCAAAUGAUCGAAAAAAGAAUAAAGUUAUCUACACUUUGAUUGGAGGAAUGAUACUGGCUAAUGUAGAAAUUGGAUUAUCCCUCUUAAGAUCUCAAACAUUCAUCAUACUCCUUUCUAGACGGACGAUCCACCUGGUAUCGAGGGUAUGUUCAGCAAUAGGAUUUUUGAUAUGGUACAGAUUAGAGCGAAUAUCCAAUAUUGUGGGGGUGAAGAGGAAGAAAAAGGGGAGAGAUACGAUCAAUACGUUUGGUACACCCGCUUCUACCUUUGGUAUGGGUUCUGCCCCGAAUAGCUCACUGGUAGAGAGGAAGACAACGUCUGCCACGAAAAGAUCACAAAAGACAAAAUUACAAAUUGGCAAUCCGAUAGAAGGAACGUUCCAAAAGUUGACUGUUGAUGGGAAUGGGGUGGAUGGAUUGCCAAGUGCGAAGUUUGGAAUGGGAAUGAUAGUUUCGCAAAUUGCUGGGAUUGGGAAUCCUAUGAUUGUGGGGGUGAAGAAAGGGAAGGUUGAGAAGGUUGUUGUGAAGAGGCCCACCAGACGACCACCCGUCCUAUCAUUCACGCCAUCCACAUUCACCCAAUCAUCCCUCGACGCACUUGUAUCACGCUCUCGCCCGAGUGAUGCAGAACCGAUUCAACCCAAUACGGCAAUCAGUCGAUCCACCACCUCAGCCAAGAAGAACGUGGGGUCCAUCUACCGACCUGAUCGAAUCAGCGUGGAUGAAAGUGAUCUGGCGCUGUGGCCUCCGCCAAGCACGAUAGAAUAUCAAAGCGACAUUUACAAACAGCCAUUAUACGAUGUAGACACGAAGCCAGGCUCUAUCUUACCUUCAACUAGUAAUAUCCGACCACCUAACAUGCCGAGAACCAACUCGAUCAAACGUAAGGCUGUUCCUAUGCUGGAUAACCAACCAUCAAAGAGGAUAAGUAAUUACUUCACUUCCCUUCGAUCACCCCAACGUCCACCUGGCCAAGCUCAAUCACAGUCACAAUCACAGUCACAAUCACAGUCACAGAGGGAUACAGGAAGAUUGUCUGUUCAGCCAGAGAUUCAGCAAUUGGGUGGUCAGACCAGAGUCAGAUCCGGUACAGCUACUGAACGAGGUAUAUGGUUCUCCAACCCUACUGGUUCACUCUCGCCAUUGGAUAGACCAUUGAUGAUAUAUAGACGGUCGACUGAUCCAUCUCAGGCUGUAUACCCUUCUCCUACCGCUUCGUCGACAUUGGAGGGACCUACCCUCACUCCUUCUCCGAGUGGGCGCGAAACACCAAGAGAGAAUCAUCAUCAAGAAGAAAGUCCGAGUGGAGUGAUCCAACAUGAACAUCCACAUCAUAAUCAGAAUCAGUACUCGAUAACUUCCAUGUAUAGUAAUAACCAGACCACCCGUACUUACUCUUCGUCAAUCAGUAAAGAUUUAUUCUACAAUCCACCUAGAAGAUCGACGUCAACUGAAUCGAGGUCGAGUCCGACUAAAGUAUCAUCUCCUUCACCACUUUCAGCAUCAUCACCGAAUAGUCUUACAGUAUUCAACCAGACCACUGGCAGUGAUGACAGAGGUAGACAAUCGGAAUUACAAACUGUCCUGGCUCGUCUUAGGAAAUUACGUAGAGAAACAGGACUGAAUAGUGAUUUUGAUUUGGAUUUGGAAUUACAGUCAGAACGAGAACGAGAAUCGUCAGUCUAUGAGAUCGAUCUGAAAAACAAACCGUGGAUGAGAAACAAGGGAAGUAUAGCGACUGGAACAGUAUCGUUAGAUAGUGAUUAUACGUUUGACGAAGACGAUGAUGGUAUAAGUGAGAAUUUGACACCGGUCGCUGAGAUUAGGUUGGUUAAUACUGGAAGGAGGAAUUAUGGUGGGGUUGUUUAG